AUGGCGGAAGAGCGCUCCGGGGACACCGCACUGAAGAGCCAUCCCAGUAAGAGCGGCUUCCGUGCGGUCGCGGGAACAGGAGCCCCGCUGGCAGGAGCAGUGAAUGAUGCAAAAGAUGGGAUAUUCCGCCGUUACCGUGGCCCAGGAGUCUACGAAGACCUGCAGAACUAUAUCUUAGAGAAGAAGUGGCAGUCUGUUGAGCCUCUGACUGGCUGGAAAUCCCCAGCUUCUCUAACGAUGUCUGGAAUGGCUGGUCUUUUUAGCAUCUCUGGCAAGAUAUGGCAUCUUCACAACUAUUUCACAGUGACCCUUGGAGUUCCUGCUUGGUGUUCUUACUUCUUUUUUGUGAUAGCCACCUUGAUUUUUGGCCUUUUCAUGGGUCUGGUCUUGGUAGUAAUAUCAGAAUGUUUGUACUUGCCAUUUCCAAGAAAUUUAUCUGAACAUUCUGAGCAGAAUCUCAGAUCAGAGAAGGUUCAUGUAACUGAACAGUUGCAGGAUGUAGAGGAGGAAAAGGAUGAUUCAAAUGAAGAAGAAAACAAGGACACCCUUGUGGAUGACGAGGACGAGAAGGAGGACCUAGGGUACGAGGAGGAGGCAGAGGAAGAGGAGGAGGAUGGCCCGGCUGCGGGCGCGGAUGAGGAGAAGACUGAUGCCCGGGGCCCGGAGCCCCCGAGGGAGGCCCGGGAGGGCGAGGCGCCCGGUGAGGUGGCAGAUGACGGCCUGGAGCAGCCCGGCCCGGCUGGCUCAGAGGCGGUGGGAGACUCGUUGAGACAGCGCAGGAGUCAGCAGGCUGACAAGGGGCCGUCGGCCUGAGGACAGUGUUUCAAGGAACACAAACCAAAAGAAUAUGUUAACUUCCCCUUUUGUCUGCAGUUUAAACCAGAUCCUUAUUUUCUUUUUGAAUGAGCAAGCUUCUCUUAAACAAUAAUCAUUAGCCAUUUAGUCUCAUGGCGUUAAGCCUCGUGUGUGUUAGGGAGAAUCUUUCAGGCGUGACAAUCAGGCUACAGAAAAACAAGCAUGGUGCUAGGGUCUGUUUGGGGCCGGGGGUGAGCACACGUUUGCUUACUCCGGGCUACAGAGCUCUGACCAGAGAAGGCGGUCCCCAGUGUCAGGAGCACUGUUACGGGCACAUCCAAGGCCGAGGCCCUUCAAGUGAAGGCAGGGCAAGCUGAGCACCCUCAGAGUGUAGCAGACAUCUUGCUUCCUCUUGUUUGGGUAUUUAUUUUUGUCAAACUAAGAAACAUCAGGCACCAUAUACAGGGGUACUUUUUAGAGAUAGAAGUUGAGAGGGCCUUGGAGAUUAUUGUAGAAAAAAGCUUGGAAAUGUUCCUAACUCUGAACCUCCCUUCUUGUGUUUCAUUUCUUACCUUUAACAUUUCCAGUUUUCCCACAAUGGGCCUGUGGGCCCCCCACCCUCUGAACAGUGCUUCUCCAGUGAGAGGACUCGGGCGGCAGGCAGCUCGAUAUCAGCUGUGUGUGUUUUGCCUAACGGUUUAGAUGAUCACGCAGCACAGCCCACGAAGCCGCGACUGCCAAGCGUCUCAAACAAAAUGUUGUUACCUUUGGAGAUUCAAAAGGAAGUAGCAGCUUUACAGGAGAGAUUUUGGUUGUCUUUAGCCAAAAUGUAGUCUUUUUAAAAUUUUUUUCAAAAAGCUCCUUUAGCAAUAUUCUUUUAUUGAAGAAUAUUGAAGUCAGAAAUCUCCUACAUCUUGCCAGUGCAAGGUAAUCUUACGAUGAAAACUUGAAUACUGUGUUGUUUUGUUUCCAUUUCAAAGGGUUCCCUGACUCUUGAACCAGUUUAAUAAUAACUGAAGAAACAUUUCUGGUUUUCCUUCACUGAUAUGCUUUUGAUGAAAGAACUAACGAAAGUGUAUAUCUGAAAAUGAAAGGUUUGAUUUCAUUCACUUCUUCCUUAAUCUUGUAAAGAAUUUUAUUCCUAUAAAUCUCAAUGCUUAGUCUGCUAAAAGUACCCAGGGGGCUCAAUGUCCUUUAAAAAAUCCAUCCAUCUAUCUGAUCUAUGUCUUAGAAUAAAUUCAGAAUAUUAGAUUCCAAGCUUAUGAAAGGUGUCUAAAGUUUUUUAUUCCAGAUGGAAUAAUAAGUAGUACAGGUUUAUGGAAUUNUGGAUCAUAUGGUAGAUCUACUUUCAGUUUUUUUUUUUUUUUAAUUGAAGGAUAAUUGGUUUACAGAAUUUUGUUGUUUUCUGUUAAACCUCUGAAUCAGCCAUAGGUAUACAUAUAUCCCCUCCCUUUUGAACCUCCCUCCCCAUCCCACCCCCUAGGUUGAUUCAGAGUCCCUGUUUGGGUUUCCUGAGCCAUAUAGCAAAUUUCCCUUGGCUAUCUAGUUUAUAUCUGGUAAUAUAAGUUUCCAUGUUACUCUUCAUCUUUAAGAAGAAAUAUGCAGUACACUCCUAUCUGCUGUUUAGAUAACCCUUAUCUUGUAUUAACUUGGGCUCACUGGAGGAGGGGGAGGUUCUGAAACUCUGCCCUGAUAUGGCUGAAUGAGCCUAUUGCAAGCCUCACACAAAGGGAGUUUUUAUUCUGACAAGAGUCCAGUUUUUAGAGUUGGUUAUUUUUCAUCUUUCCCACUUAGUCGCCUGAUAGUCUCAUCCCCCAGUGUGAUGACAUUAAGAGUUGCCAAUAAUUUUUCUCUUUAGACAGCAAUACAGUCUCAAGUUUGAGGCCAUCACAGAACUGACAGGCUGGGAAAACCUUGACUUGUGCUCACUUCUUGCCCGACCACCAUCUGGGGCUCUGACACCUCCUCACCCAAAGCACCAGUACCAAUGGUACCUCCAGGGAGGCAGCUCCAUCUCCCUGAUACCAGGAAGCCUUUCUGGAGCAGAGAUAAGCUGAACCUGCCCUCCUGGUACUGGAUUCUGUUUUCUUUUCUAAUCAGCUGAAACAAAAUUUUCAAAGAUAAUUCAAUUCAAGUUCAACAGUAUGGAAUAAGCAAGUCUUCAUAGUUUGGCUUUUCUGUAUGAUACUUACCCACAAGCCCCCUCCCCCAUAUUGAAAUAGUUCUUUUUCUGUGAGUGAAAUGUUUUACUAAAGGAGACAGAAUGAAGAAAUAAAAUCUACUUUGGCUUUUUAUAAAUGUAAGGCCAAUUUCCA